AUGCUUCCUACUUUCGCUUUAUCGGCUGCGACGGCAGCCCUACUCAGUUCCUCAAUGGUUAAUGCUGAGAUAGAAUUAAAUCUGGAUGACAAUACUUCGAUAAAGAAUGCGGCUGCGACAAUCGCAUACGAUAUGAUGACAUACUAUAAGGGAAAUCAAUCGGGAGGAAUACCUGGAGUGUUACCUGGACCUCCACCAAAUCCCUCUUGGGGUUAUUAUUGGUGGGAAUCCGGUGCGAUGUGGGGGUCUCUUAUCGAUUAUUGGUAUUAUACUGGCGAUUCCUCAUACAACGAUGAUGCGAUGGCGGGUAUUCAAUGGCAAACUGGGGCAAAUAACGAUAUGAUGCCUGCGAAUUGGUCACAAUCUAUGGGAAAUGAUGAUCAGGGAUUUUGGGGAAUGACAGCUAUGACUGCAGCGGAAACGAAAUUUCCGGAUCCUCCUUCGGACAGACCAGGUUGGUUGGCUUUAGCUCAAGCAGUUUUCAACACUCAAGCAGUGAGAAUUGAUAAUGCUACUUGUGGCGGAGGUUUACGUUGGCAAGUUUAUCCAUAUCUUACGGGUUACAAUUACAAGAACUCUAUCGCAAAUGGAUGUUUCUUCAAUAUUGGGGCGCGACUCGCAAGAUACACCAAUAACGAAACAUACGCCCAAUAUGCUGAGGAAACAUGGAAUUGGGUCAAAAGUGUUGGAUACAUGGACAAAGAUUAUAAUAUUUAUGAUGGUGCUCACAUUGAAGAGAAUUGUACGGAUAUUAACAAGGUUCAAUUCUCUUACAACUCGGGGGUUUAUCUACUCGGUGCAGCUACCAUGUAUAAUCAUACAAAUGGCUCCGAAAUUUGGAAAGAACGUGUUGACGGACUUCUCAAUGCUACAUUAAAAAACUUCUUCCCUACCGGUGAUAUCGCCUAUGAAAUUGCUUGCGAAGCAAAACUUUCAUGUACAACUGAUAUGUUUUCCUUCAAGGCAUUCCUCACUCGUUGGUUGGCCGGAACCACAAAAAUGGCCCCUUACACUUAUGAUCUAAUCAUGCCAUAUUUGAAAGCAUCCGCAGUCGCAGCAGCAAAGCAAUGUUCAGGCUCGAGCCCAUUUGCUGGUAGAACAUGUGGAUUAAGUUGGAGCAAAGGAACAGAUUGGGAUGGAACCUCUGGUGUAGGGCAACAAAUGGCAGCCAUGAGUGCUAUUUUUGUAAAUCUCGUUCAACAAACAAAAGCCCCGGUUACGAACAGUACAGGUGGAACCAGUGUGGGGAACAGUGCGGCGGGUAGUGGGAGCACGACUAGUUUGGAUGCUGUCAAACCGCCGUCUACAGGGGAUAGAGUAGGAGCUGGAAUGGUUACGACUGUGGUUUUGGUGGGAAUGACAGGAAUGUUUGGGUGGAUGAGUUUGUGA